AUGACAUGCCGCAAAGCCGGUUGUAACCAUGAAUUUUGUUGGUUAUGCUUUGGUGAUUGGAAAGAUCAUGCUAAUCAUAAUUGUAACCGAUUUAUUGAAGACGAAACAACGAAAAAGCAAGAGAACGCCAGAUCAGAAUUAAAACGUUAUUUACAUUAUUAUGAACGUUAUAUUAAUCAUUUCCAAUCAGCAGCAUUAGAAAAUAAAUUACUAGAAAAAAUACAAGAACGUAUUGAAGCAAUGCAGCGACAAAAAAAGUCUUAUGCCGAUCAACAAACAUUUUUGUUGGCAUAUAAUUGUUUAAAAGAAUGCCGUCACACAUUAAUGUUUACCUAUCCAUUUGCUUUUUAUUUGUAUCCAACAAAUCAGUCACAGGUAUUCGAAGACAAUCAGUCAAAUUUGGAAACGGCUAUUGAAGAGUUAACAGGCUUAUUAGAGAAAGACUUGGAUGACGUUGGUUUGAUACAAAAAGUGCAAGAUAAAUAUCGUUUUUGUACAAGUCGACGAAAAGUUUUACUUGAUCAUACAAAAGAAGGUUAUACCGAGCAUUAUUGGGCGGGUCUAGAUGAUUAUUAG